UGUUGCCGUACUGCCUCUGGCGGUGAACGACGACGCUGCAGGCCCUCACAGUUUUUACCUUCUCCCCUCUCCACCCCCUUUCCCCCCGCCCAGCGCUCCGCCACUUCGGCUCCUCCCUCUUCUUCUCUCUCUCCCUCUCCUUCCUCCUCCGCCUCCUCAGCUCUAGGGCUAGAAUAUCUAUGGGUCGAAACGUGAUGCGAUGAAUCCGAGAGAGACCGAAACUGGGACGAGGAGUGCGGCGGAAGCGGCGGGACUCCUGGACAUGGGGGCUUCACCACAAUAAAGGCAGCGCCCCCACCCGCCGCCGCCAGCCCCUCCGGAUCGAAGCCCCCAAACCCCCUCGGGAAAAGGAUGGCGGCGGCACCUACCCAGAUCGAAGCCGAGCUGUAUUACCUGAUCGCUAGAUUCUUGCAGUCCGGACCCUGCAACAAAUCCGCUCAGGUGCUAGUGCAGGAGCUCGAGGAGCAUCAGCUGAUUCCGCGCCGCUUAGACUGGGAGGGGAAAGAGCACCGAAGAAGCUUCGAGGAUCUAGUGGCAGCCAAUGCACACAUUCCCCCAGACUACCUCCUUAAAAUUUGCGAGCGGAUUGGUCCCUUACUAGAUAAGGAGAUACCUCAGAGUGUUCCUGGGGUACAGACAUUACUAGGUGUUGGUCGGCAGUCUCUGUUAAGGGAUGCCAAAGACUGUAAGAGUACACUAUGGAAUGGGUCUGCUUUUGCAGCUCUACAUAGAGGCAGACCUCCAGAACUACCUGUAAAUUAUGUGAAACCUCCAAAUGUGGUGAAUAUCACCUCUGCCAGGCAAUUAACGGGAUGCGGUCGCUUCAGCCAUAUUUUUCCUUCAUCUGCUUACCAGCAUAUUAAGAUGCAUAAGAGAAUUCUGGGGCACUUGUCGUCAGUGUACUGUGUAGCAUUUGACCGAAGUGGGAGAAGAAUUUUUACAGGUUCAGAUGACUGUUUGGUGAAAAUUUGGGCAACAGAUGAUGGACGCCUCCUUGCUACACUUCGAGGGCACUCUGCUGAAAUUUCUGACAUGGCUGUUAACUAUGAAAACACUCUUAUUGCCGCAGGCAGCUGUGAUAAAGUUGUAAGAGUGUGGUGUCUUCGAACUUGUGCACCAGUUGCAGUCCUUCAGGGACAUUCAGCUUCUAUUACUUCCAUACAGUUUUGUCCAUCAACUAAAGGCACAACCAGAUACCUCACUUCUACUGGUGCUGAUGGAACAAUCUGUUUCUGGCAAUGGCAUGUAAAAACAAUGAAGUUUAGAGAUCGCCCAGUGAAAUUUACUGAGAGAUCCAGACCUGGAGUUCAGAUAUCUUGUUCAUCUUUCAGUUCUGGCGGAAUGUUCAUUACAACAGGUAGCACUGACCAUGUGAUUAGAAUAUAUUAUUUGGGUUCUGAGAUCCCUGAGAAAAUUGCUGAAUUAGAGUCACAUACGGACAAAGUUGUUGCUGUUCAGUUCUGUAACAAUGGAGACAGUUUAAGAUUUGUUAGUGGAAGCAGAGAUGGAACAGCAAGAAUUUGGCAAUAUCAGCAACAAGAAUGGAAGAGUAUAGUGCUGGAUAUGGCUACUAAAAUGACUGGGAAUAACUUGCCAUCUGGAGAAGAUAAGGUCACUAAACUUAAGGUGACUAUGGUGGCCUGGGAUCGUUAUGACACCACAGUUAUUACUGCAGUGAACAAUUUCCUUUUGAAAGUAUGGAAUUCAGUCACAGGGCAACUUCUUCAUACUUUAUCCGGACAUGAUGAUGAAGUAUUUGUUCUGGAAGCACAUCCAUUUGAUCAAAGGAUCAUACUUUCAGCGGGCCAUGAUGGGAACAUUUUUAUUUGGGACCUUGACCGGGGGACCAAAAUUCGGAAUUAUUUUAACAUGAUUGAAGGCCAAGGCCAUGGUGCAGUGUUUGAUUGUAAAUUUUCACCAGAUGGAAACCAUUUUGCCUGCACAGAUUCUCAUGGGCAUUUGCUGCUUUUUGGUUUUGGAUGCAGUAAAUACUACGAAAAGAUUCCAGAUCAGAUGUUCUUCCACACGGAUUAUCGACCCCUUAUUCGUGAUGCCAACAACUACGUACUAGAUGAACAAACCCAGCAAGCUCCGCACCUCAUGCCUCCCCCAUUCUUGGUGGAUGUUGAUGGAAAUCCUCAUCCUACAAAAUUCCAAAGGCUAGUACCAGGACGGGAACAUUGUAAAGAUGAACAACUCAUACCACAACUGGGAUAUGUAGCUAAUGGUGAUGGUGAGGUGGUAGAACAGGUAAUUGGGCAACAUGCCAAUGACCAAGAUGAGAGCAUUCUUGAUGGAAUAAUCAGGGAGCUACAGAGAGAACAAGAUCUGAGACUAAUUAACGAAGGAGAUGUUCCGCAUUUUCCAAUUAAUAGAUCAUAUUCUGCUAAUGGUGCUCUGAGAAGUCCAAAUAUGGAUAUAUCUUCUCCAAAUAUUGGGCUCCGACCUAGUGGUCAAAUUGAAGGUGUCCGACAAAUUCAUAACAAUGCUCUUAGGAGCCAGAUGGCCACUGAAAGAGAUCUCAUGGCAUGGAGCAGAAGAGUGGUGGUCAAUGAACUCAAUCAUGGGGUUAGUAGGGUUCAGGAAGAAUGUAGAACUGCGAAAGGUGACAUAGAAAUCAGUCUUUAUACAGUUGAAAAGAAGAAAAAGCCAUCUUAUGUUACCCAAAGGAAUGAUUAUCAGCCUAGCUGUGGACGAUCUUUACGAAGGACACAACGUAAGCGUCAGCAUACUUACCAAACACGGUCUAACAUAGAGCAUAAUUCGCAAGCACCAUGUCAAAAUUCACGUGUACAGGAGGACUCAGACAGCUCCUCAGAGGAAGAUGAAACAGUUGGCACAAGUGAUGCUUCUGUAGAGGAUCCUGUUAUUGAAUGGCAAAGUGAAAGUUCCUCCAGUGAUUCAUCAAGUGAAUAUUCUGAUUGGACAGCAGAUGCCGGAAUAAAUUUGCAACCUCCUAAAAGACAAACUAGACAGGCAACACGAAAAAUAUGCAGCAGCUCUGAGGAGGAGAAUUUGAAAUCACUAGAAGAAAGGCAGAAGAAACCUAAACAGACUAGAAAGAAGAAAGGAGGGCUGGUUUCUAUGGCAGGUGAGCCCAAUGAAGAAUGGUUUGCCCCUCAGUGGAUCUUGGAUACUAUUCCACGACGUUCCCCAUUUGUUCCACAAAUGGGAGAUGAGCUUAUCUAUUUUCGGCAAGGGCAUGAAGCUUAUGUGCGGGCUGUAAGGAAAUCAAAAAUAUACAGUGUUAAUUUACAAAAACAGCCAUGGAAUAAAAUGGAUCUCAGGGAACAAGAGUUUGUUAAGAUUGUAGGAAUAAAAUAUGAGGUUGGACCACCUACUCUAUGCUGCUUGAAACUUGCAUUUUUGGACCCCAUUUCAGGCAAAAUGACUGGAGAGUCUUUUUCUAUUAAGUAUCAUGACAUGCCAGAUGUCAUUGACUUCCUUGUGCUACAUCAGUUUUAUAAUGAAGCCAAAGAAAGGAACUGGCAGAUUGGUGAUAGAUUCCGCAGUAUAAUAGAUGACGCCUGGUGGUUUGGGACUGUGGAGAGUCAGCAGCCUUUUCAACCAGAGUAUCCUGAUAGCUCUUUCCAGUGUUACAGUGUUCACUGGGACAAUAAUGAGAGAGAAAAGAUGAGCCCCUGGGAUAUGGAGCCAAUUCCAGAAGGAACUGCCUUUCCAGAUGAAGUUGGUGCUGGUGUUCCUGUGUCACAGGAGGAACUGACUGCUUUGUUGUACAAACCCCAGGAAGGAGAAUGGGGAGCUCAUUCCAGAGAUGAGGAAUGUGAACGAGUUAUUCAGGGCAUCAACCACCUUCUUUCCCUCGAUUUUGCCAGCCCUUUUGCUGUUCCAGUGGAUCUCAGUGCCUAUCCCUUGUAUUGUACUGUAGUUGCUUAUCCAACUGACCUCAACACCAUCAGGCAGAGACUUGAAAAUCGCUUUUACAGGAGAAUAUCAGCAUUAAUGUGGGAGGUACGCUACAUUGAACAUAAUGCCAGGACUUUCAAUGAGCCAGACAGUCCUAUAGUUAAAGCAGCCAAAAUUGUAACUGAUGUCUUACUUCGAUUUAUUGGGGACCAGAGCUGUACUGAUAUACUGGAUACUUAUAAUAAAAUUAAAGCAGAAGAACUAAACAGUACUGAUACAGAGGAGGAUACAGAAAUGGUUGAUUUAGAUUCAGAUGGUCCUGGUACUUCAUCUGGAAGAAGGGUCAAAUGCCGAGGCAGAAGACAGUCUUUAAAGUGUAAUCCUGAUGCUUGGAGAAAACAAUGCAAAGAACUGUUGAGCCUUAUUUAUGAGCGUGAAGACUCAGAGCCAUUUCGACAGCCAGCUGAUCAUCUCUCUUACCUAGGGCAUCAAGAGCAAGAGGGAGAAUCCUCAGAGUCAAUUGUUCCAGAAAGACAACAAGAUCCAUCUCUUUCUGAGGAUUAUCAAGGUGUUAUAGACACUCCUAUGGACUUCAGCACUGUGAAAGAAACUUUGGAAGCAGGAAACUAUGGUAGUCCUCUGGAAUUUUAUAAGGAUGUUCGCCAAAUAUUCAGCAACUCCAAAACUUAUACCUCUAAUAAAAAGUCAAGGAUCUAUAGCAUGACACUGCGAUUAUCUGCCUUAUUUGAAAGUCAUAUUAAAAAUAUCAUCUCUGAAUAUAAGUCAGCAAUUCAGAGUCAGAAGAGGAGAAGGCCACGGUACAGAAAACGUCUGAGAAGCAGCAGCAGUUCGUUAUCUAGUAGCAGAGCUCCUAGUCCAAAAGGGAAACAGAAACAAAUGAAAUUGCAGCCUAAAAGUGACCAGAAUACCUCAGUGUCUUAUGCCAGGACUAGCUCUCCUUUUUCGUCUCCUGUUUCAGAUGCUGCUGAAGGGCUUUCACUAUAUUUACUUGAUGAUGAACUGGAUGGGCCGUUUUCUUCAUCGAGCUUUAGUGGAUAUAGCCGAAGUGGAAAUAGCCAUGAUCCAGGGAAAGCCAAAUCAUUUCGGAAUAGAGUUUUGCCAAUUAAACAAGAUCAAUCCCUUGAUGGACCCCUUGCAAAUGGUGAUGGCAGAGAGCUCCGGACAGGAAUCAAGAGAAAACUGCUUAGUGCAUCAGAAGAAGAUGAAAGCAUGGGAAGAGAAGAUAAAGAGAAAAAAGAAACAAAAGAGAAGUCACAUUUAUCCUCCUCAGAGAGUGGAGAGUUAGGAUCCAGUUUAAGUUCUGAAAGUACCUGUGGUUCUGAUUCUGACUCUGAAUCAACUUCCAGAACAGAUCAAGAUUACAUAGAUGGAGACCAUGACUAUAGCAAAUUCAUACAAACCAGGCCUAAAAGAAAACUCAGAAAGCAAUAUGCCAAUGGAAAAAGGAACUGGAAGACGAGAGGCACGGGAGGAAGGGGCAGAUGGGGCAGAUGGGGCAGGUGGAGUAGAGGAGGCAGAGGAAGAGGUGGCAGGGGGCGGGGUGGUCGAGGAAGAGGUGGAGGUGGCACAAGAGGGAGAGGGAGAGGGAGAGGAGGAAGAGGUUCUUCCAGAGGAACCACCAGAGCCACGCGUGCACGUGUUGCAGAUGAUGAAUUUGAUACCAUGUUUUCAGGACGUUUCAGUAGACUGCCUCGAAUUAAAACCAGAAACCAGGGCAGGAGGACUGUUUUAUAUAAUGAUGAUUCUGAUAAUGACAAUUUUGUGUCCACUGAAGAUCCCCUGAAUCUUGGUACAUCCAGAUCAGGCAGAGUGCGGAAAAUGACAGAAAAAGCCAGGGUUAGCCAUCUCAUGGGAUGGAAUUAUUAACAGUUAAUAAAUUUAGAAUAAUUUAAAAAAUUCAAUGGCCUUCUACUGCAGGGAAUUUCCCAGGAAACCUACAAAGCAAGUUGUGUGGGGACUUAUGCUUCCUUUCACAUUGGUGCUUUUCCAUUAUGCCAGUAUACAUUUGUUUCGAGACUUGAUCUCCACACUUCAUUUGUUCAGACAAGCCUUACUCAUUAGGCCUUAAAUUAAAAAAAAAUUCUGCGCGCACACACACACACACACACACACACACACCACACACACCACAGACACACUACAGAUUUACUACAUUAAAGGAGCAUUCAGCUUCUUAAGAGUAGCGUGACAUUUUUAUCUCAAUAGAAUAUCCCUCUUUUGCUUUUGUAUCACAGAAGUAUAGCACCUUCUUACAGAGUUUUAUAUAGUUUGUUUUUGCCAUUUUGAUUCCUGUACCCAGUAAUAAUAACUUUUGCACAAUACACCAAUCCUAAAGGCAGCUAUUAAAUGUUUACAGUUUCUAUAUUGUAAGAACGAUCUGGAUUAUUUUACUCUUCCCAGGCCAAACUUUCAUUAAUUGAACUGAAGUAUAUAUUUAUACUACAGUUUUUUUUGGGGGGUGGGGGGAUCUUGAUAUGCUUUUCAUUGAUUUGCUUAAUUCAUGUUAAAGGUGAGAAAGGGUUGGUGCCUUGUAAAUAUGUAGCAAAUCUUUGUGGUGUGUCCCGAUGUGUGCAUUAACUUUAUUAAAAAAGAGUACUUGAGGUAUCGAUAUAGACAAGGUGCCAAAUGCAGAAGUUUCUUGCAUUCAUUUUCUUUUCCCUGUUAUAUUUUAUUGCAUUAACAGAACUUGUGUAGCUUAAAAGAUAACCAUUUGAAAAGUCCUCAUCCACAAAGAGUAACUUUGAAUAGUAGCUCAGCUACCUCUAUUAACUACAACUACUGGGAACGUUAAGGAAAAUAGAUGCUGUUAUUCAUUACUGACUAAGGAGAACUAGAACAAGCUUGGUGGGAAUGAAUACUCCUAAGUUAUAAGCUGAGAGGUUGUUAAUAAUCAUACGUGCUCUCAAAUUAAUAGUUGUAAUUAAACUUUUAUAAGAAUAGUAUGCUCUACAUUAGACUUCUUAGAACAUAUUUAUGUAAGUAGACUUGGGCUACUGCUUAUAUGUCUCUUCUAGCACUUAAAAUUUAAUAGCUGUGAGUGACUGGUUUUCAUUUGAAUUUUAAAAUGUAACAAAGCACCUAGUUUGAGUUGGAAUGUUUUGGCUAGCUAACAUUUUGAAUCAACAUUAAUUGGUUCUACUCAUACCAUUCCAAAAGGUUCUUCUGUUAUAUAUAAUCUUUCAGAAAAGAACCUCAUUGCACUGCACACUGAUAUUUUGAGUUAUUUUAUAGAUGGAAGAAAAAAUCUUUAAAACCCUUAUGGUCUUGUUUACAGCAGUAGAGUGCACAUGGUUCCAUAAGUGAGGUUGAGUUCUCAGAUCAAUUUUACUCCUCAAAUUUGAGAUUGCAAGUUCACUAAUUUGUUAGAUACUUAGAUUUUUGAGAUGAGAGGGAAUAUAUUGAUCUCUGUUUUUGUAACAACAGAUUUGCUGCACUUAGAUCAGAUUUGUGGGAUAAACAAAACUUACUAAUGUAUGCCUAGUAAUCCCAGGAUAUUUCUUAAGCUAAUGUGUUUGUCUCAUGCUUUCAAUCAUUUCAUGCAUCUGAAAAUAUUAAAUGCAGAGGAAGGAGUACACACAUAACUUUGCUUUUUUGGUUGGGAUGGGUGGGGGUUAUUCUUGGACUAACAUCUUUAAAAAUUUUUCACUUGCAGUAGAAAUGAUGUUCAGGCUUUAAGAAAGUAUUGUUAUGAAUUGUUAAUGGCACUAACUUCUGUUAACUGGACAGUAGAUCAAGCUGACUUUAUUUUGUAGGCUUUUUUUCCACUAAACCAAAACUUCUGGUUGUAACUCGACUGCCACUUUUAACCAUAGUACAGAUUUAAAAAUGUUCAUAGUUGAUUUUUGCUGAAAUGUACUAUUUUAGUUAUUCAUCUCUUGGGCAUUUAGACUAAAUUUGUGCCUGUGUUUCCUGGAAUCAAUAACAUUUUGGCCUACCCUAAUCAAAAUAACAACUUACUUAAAUUCAUGGAUGUACCCAAAUGUGUAUCACAUGUAUCGUUUUAGUGUGAAAUUUUUUGUUGACAUUCUUCUAUGAAGAGCUGACCUCUUUGAAAUGUAGAAGAAUUGCCAUCUGUGUGAUUUUAGCUGUCCGAAGCUUUAUUUAUAAUUUAUUUUGAAAAAUAAAAAUGCCACAUUUAUUCCCAAAAUGUCAAGCUUUUUUAGGUUUAGAUAAUUAGAAUAAUAAGACUAAAGACAUUUUUAAGCAUAUUUUAUAUGUAGUGAAAUACUGUGAAAAUACUAGUGACAGCAUUUUGCUGUAAUGUUGAUUUCAGUUAUUAGGAUUUAAAGAGUUAGUUAUCAGGGUAUGAUAGAUGAACAUAGUUAUCAUUUAUUAAAAAACAAACAGAUCAUUUUCUGUUUGCAUGCAAAUUAUUUUAAUAAGUGUAAAAAUAAAAGUUUGGAAGAUAGUAUUUUUACUUUUAUAUCUGGACUUCCCCCUACCCCAAUUUAUACUUUGCUUUUUUUGUAACACUGCCUCCUGUGAAUGUGUUGUAAUUUGUAUUGCAUUGAAUAUUUUAUUGCUUUAAUUUUUUAGAGGCCCUUUAAACCUAAAUAAGAUCUGGGUUCAGCCAUAGCAAAACAAGUAGGAAAUGAACUAAGAAUGUUGAAGAAAAGUCAAUCUUAAAUGAAUUGCUAAGAAAAAAACACUUAUAUUUAGGCCCAUGAGAGCAUACAGAUGUAAAGCCUAAUCCUGUGCUAGAUAUUAAUAGUCAGCAAACUAUAGCAUUUCUCAUGAAUGGUAAUAAUGUUUUAAUUCCAAGCUUUAAGAUCUUAGCAUGUGUAUCUGCUUAGAAAACAGAAUUGUGUGUUUUUUCUAUGGCUUGCUGUAUGUAUCACUUCAGCAAUCAGAUGCGCUCCAAAACAUUCACUAGCCUGUUAGCCUACUGACUAAAUUUAUGUGUGUGUGCGUGCGCGCAUGUGUGUGUGUAGAUUUUUUUUCAACUUAAAACACUUUAUCUCAGACAAAAAAAAAGAAUAUAUUGUAUGGAAGACAGCUGUGUUCACUGUCUACCAAUUCUUUGUGUCUGUUGUAAAGCACUUAGCCUGUAUAUAUACUGCUUGAUCAUCCAUUUCAUUAUACCUUCUAGAUAAACAAUCUAGGUUUUGUUGUGUACAUGUGUCCCUCUAUUCAUUUAAUUUGCCCUUCAUUUAUUUCUUUUUUCUGCUUCCCUUCCCAGAAUCAGGCUUGUGCUAGAAUUCUUUCAAAUAGCACUUUGUUUCUCCCAGAGUGAAAUUCAUAAAUCUCAUUCAUACAACUGUGCGCUCAGAUAUCUAACUCAGCCUUCCAAUACUUUGAAAUAAAUUUGAGUGAUUUAUCUUUUUUUAUUGUAAUCCUAUUGAUUGUCCUCAGACAAUAACAGUGAUUUUAGAGAAAGAUGUGAAUGCCACCUCCAACUUUUUCAGAAAAACUUUUUUGAGCAUUUUUCAAAAUGUAUGUGUUUGUGGUAGUGAUAAAUUAAACACCUUAUUACUUAUAUAUCUUGAAAAUUAUUUUAUGCACAUUUACCAACUGGUACUUAUCUUUAAAGUUGGAAUUUUGACAUCCACAAAAAGGAGACUUACAUCUUGUAUAAUUGUUAGUAUACUUGGAUGUCCAGCCUUUUAGUUCUGGAGGAAGGAAUGGAACUUUUGACAUUUAAAGUUCAUUGUUUUAAAUGUUAACCCCACCCCCAACAUUUCUGUGGUACAUGAGGCUUUGUGAAAGUUUUGUUGAAAAUAGAAUAUUCUAAGAUCACUUAUAAGACUUGUUUUAAAAAUUAGUGUGAAAAUGUUUUCGUUAUUUUCUUUUUAUCUCUUAGUGAAGUUUCUUUACCAAGUUUUCAUUACCAAGUUUACCAAGUUUUGAAUGAAUUCUAAUAUGAAGUUUAAAAUUUUUUCAUGGUGCUGUAUUUUGAGGAAUGUGGAGCGCCCUCAAGUUUCUUGACAUUUAUUUCUUAUGUAGCUUUAUCCUUGAUUAUUUCCUUUUUCAUUCAUUCCUCUCCUGCUUUUAUCCUCACUUCUCUUUCUGCAGUGAAUACUUUACCUAGUUUAGCACACUUCAACAAGACUGGCAAUUUAUGAUUCAUUGAUAGGAGAAGUACAGUGAAAUGGCCCUGCAGUUUAAAGUUAAGGUGUGUUUGUUUAUUUAUAUAUGUCCAUUUGUUAUUCUUAUACCUAUCUUAAGUCUGGAAUAUGAGACUUUGACAUAUAAAAGCAUGAUAAGUAUUUUCUAAAAAGUAAGGCUAUUGAUACAAACUAAAAUUGCCAUUGGUAAUUGAUUUUUAAAAUCACAUACAAAAAUAUUUAGAAAUCCAGUUGGGAAAUGUGUUUUUACAUAUGUCACCAGAUGCACAUUAGGCAGUACUACAAAUGUUAAUUCUUUAAACAAUACUGUGGUGAUGGCAAUCAGUAAUUUAUUUCUUUGUCUUGUAACUUACCAUCCUUGUCUUUUGUAAUCUCUUACAAAGUAUUAACAAAACUGUACCUUAUGUUUGUUCUUAGUAUCCAUAAGUUUUAAGAUGAAAGAACAGUUAAUAAUUGAUGUGAUGUUUUACAUGGACAAAAUGUCCAUUAAACUAAAAUUCAGUAAAGAAAGGUAAACUAAACUGGCUUGGUUUAUAAGAGAUGUUUUGUUUGGCAGUUAUCAGUCAUUAUAAGCAAUUAUCUUCAAAGACAAAAAAAAACUGGACUAAUUUGUUGCCAUUCUUUAUGGGAUGUUUACAAUAAAAUUCCAAGUUGUUUGGAAUCAGUUGCACUCUUGCUGCUUUAUGCCUUAACUCAGGUACUGAAGAUAAAUUAACAAAAAAGAAAUAUGAGUUACCUUUUCAUUAUCCAGCUUCAGACAUUGUAACAUGUAACUCUUGGGUCUUUUCUUGUUUCUUUGUCAUGUGAUAUUUUAUUAUUAUUAUUUUUUAAUCUGAGAAACUAGGUGCUUCCUACUAUCAGAGAAAAUAAAGGUGCUUUUUUCUUUU